AUGCGCAGCGAUUCCUACAGGGUCAUUCCCCCAAGGAUCGAUAAUGGUCAGGCAACCGUCGAGAGGCGUUGGAGUGGAGGAAAAGUCUUUCUGGUGGCCAUCUUCAACUGCAGUGACAACUACGAAUUGGAGAUUUCCGGAAGCGGUAUGAUGUUCUGCUCAAAAUAUAAAUGGUUGGGAAAUCAGCCCCAUUGUAUUCCUCGGAUGGAUUACACCGAAGGUUAUACAGAAUGGGAUGAAGACACCUACACCUAUGAAGUCAGAACGCAGCCAGGCGUAACUAAAGACUGUGGGGAUCAUAAUGGCGGUUGUGCCCAUGAAUGUAACAAAUCCACCAAAAAAUGCGAGUGCUGGAAGGGUUACUAUCUGAAUCCCAGCGAUCUCAGCAGCUGUAAAGAUAUCGACGAAUGCCAGGAUUCAAAUGGUGGUUGUGCGCAAGUGUGCAACAACCUGCCGGGAGAAUUCGUGUGCACCUGUGAAACUGGUUAUCGAAUAGAUGAUUCUAAUUUCAAAACCUGUGUGGACAUUAAUGAAUGUGAAGACUCCGCUUUGUCUAGGGAUUGUGAAGGUGGGUGCGAGAACCUUAUAGGUUCUUAUCGCUGCCCUUCGUCAACGGACGGCAACCUCAAAGCCUCAGAUGAGUCAAUGCAUAUAGAAAAAUUUUAACAACAAAAUCAUCCUUGUGCAGAUUUCGAUAAAGUCUGCCGGGAGAAUUUUGCACCUGAAUUUUGCUGUCUUCGUAGUAAACUCCUGUUGUGGCUCCCAUGUAAGCCUUAUAAAAUUCGUAUACGCAUGCGAGGAUCUGCCGAAUAAAUGUUACCAAUGCUAAUUACACGA